UUUACUCUUACACCAUCUUCACUUUAAUAUUUUACCAGUGAAUGUAUCACAAUGGCACUCAACGACGAGCUGAGCAGUGUCGCAGGAUGGAUGUCCAUCGCCUGCUGGAUCAUCGUCUACACCCCGCAGAUAUACGAGAACUACACGCUCAAGUCUGGAGAGGGGCUCAGUGUACUGUUUGUGGUCAUAUGGCUUGCCGGAGACUUGUGUAAUCUGGGAGGGGCGCUUAUGGCUGGUCUGAUUCCGACUGUUAUCAUACUCGCUGUUUAUUACACACUCUGCGACCUCACUCUCCUAGGACAGAUCUACUACUACCGGCACGUCCACCCAACACAUAUAGCCCGUGUCUCCCCAACGCCGAGCGAGACCGAUCCGCUCCUCUCCCCCUCCUCCUCAGAACUCGUUGCCACCGCGAAACCCACCUCCUCGGUAUGGAAGAAAGUGCUCAUCUACGUCCUCGCGGUGUGCUUCGUCCUUGCAAGCGGGGCGAUAGCUUGGGCUGUAACGAGAGGGAAGGAGGUUGGCACGCCGGGACCUGGGGAGGGAGAGGGCGAUGUACUGGAAUGGAAGAGCCAGCUGAUAGGAUGGUGUAGCGCCGUCCUCUACUUGGGUUCCCGCAUCCCCCAGAUCCUCAAGAACCGCGAGACCAAAUGCGCAGGUCUAUCCCUAGCACUGUUUAUCUUCGCCGUAGCGGGUAACGUCACAUACGUACUGUCGAUAUGCAUCAAGAGCAUGCAGUGGCGGUAUUUGCUGGCGAACUCCAGUUGGCUGGCAGGGAGCGGACUGACGGUGUUCUUGGACUUCAUCGUUCUAGGUCAGUUCUUCUACUACCGAAAAGAGCGGCUGGCGCUUGUGGAAGAUCCUGUACUGGAAUCGGAAGAGUCAUAAUUUCCUGCAAGUUCAGGGACAGAAAAGUGGGGAAACGCAUAUCGGACCCUUUAUGUACUAACGUACAGUACAAAAUUGGAAAUAGAAUCGC